UUCAUUUGGAUGCAAAUGCAAUUUAUAAUGGUCCAUUUCUCAAUCCUCUCCCAUCCAAUUUCCCACUUAAACACCACUUUUUAGUUUCCAUUUUCAACCUCUUCUCAUUGCUUCUUCUUCUCUCUCAACUCUCAACUCUCAAUGCAACCAAAAAAAAAAAAAGUUUGCUACUUUCUGACACCAUCUUUAUAGCAUUAAUGUUUUAGUGCUUGAAAAAUGUUUGUCUUGUAUUGGUUCCACCUAAAGUUUAAAACUUUAACCUUCCCCAAAAAAACCCACUUUGAAUUUAUGUUCCAUAACAUAAGAAUUUAGAUUCACAUCACAUAAACAACACAAUAAAACAAAAAAACUAUUUGUUUCUUUUGGGUUUUGUAAUAUUUUUUUUUUUUUUUUGAGCUUCUUUCCAUGAACGAAGCUCAAACUGAAAUCACAAUUCCUCACUUGUUCAGAUGCCCCAUAAGUCUAGAUUUGUUGGAAGAUCCAGUGACUUUAUGCACUGGACAAACCUAUGAUAGAUCAAGCAUACAAAAAUGGAUUUCUGCAGGUAAUUUCACAUGUCCUGUUACAAUGCAGAAGCUUCAUGAUUUAUCCUUUGUUCCUAAUCACACUCUUCGUCAUUUGAUUCAUCAAUGGCUUCAACUUGGUUCACAAUUUCACCCUGGUAAUAAUAACUCUGCAACCAUUGAUUACUUAGCUUCAUUGAAACACACCCUUGAAUCACAUGAAACUUCUUUAGAAAACAAGCUUGAAGCACUUGAAAAAAUUAGUGUUCUUUCUGAUGAAUAUUGUUCUUUCAGAAAAUCAUGUUUCCAACAACUUAGUUUCUUGUCUCUACUUUUAGAACUUGUUUUUGGGUCAUCAGAAAAUCACAUGGAAUUUGUGGAAUUAGCACUUUCUUGCAUUCUUAAAUUGUUGCCUAUUGUAAAUUUGGAACCUUUGAAUAUAAUCAAAGAUGAGUCAAAGUUGGAAAUUUUCAUGCUUUUAUUUGAAAAGGGUACUAGUUCAAUUAAGACUAGUUUGUGUGUUCUUAUAGAUUAUUCAACAACAUCAUCACAAACAGAAGAGGUUUGUCAUGUGUUAGGAAAUUCUCAAAAACUAGUACAUGAAAUUGUUCAAGUUGUUAAUCAAAAUUGUAGUGAAGUUUCUAAGGCUGCAAUUAAGGCUUUAUCAGCAUUAUGUUCAUUGCAAUCCAAUAGAGAGAGUUUGGUGAGAGCAGGAGCAAUAGAUGGAAUCAUAACAUAUAUUUCAGAAUGUGAAACAAGACACAAGAAUUUGGCUCCUUUAGGAAUGGCAACAAUGAAGAAACUUUUGGUACUAGAUAGUGCUAAAGAGGCAUUGGUGAAUAAUCCAAAGGGUGUUGAAAGUUUGGUGAAGAUGGUUUUCAAGGUUUGUAAUCAAGAGUGUAGUGAGAGUGCUGUUGGGAUACUUUCAAUUGUUUGUUGUGAUUUUGGGAGUGCAAGAGAGGAAGCUAUUGGAGCUGGUGUUUUGACUCAGUUGUUGUUUCUUCUGCAGAGUCAGUGUGGUACUAAAACUAAAACUAAGGCUAGACUAUUGCUUAAGUUGCUCAGAUCUAAGUGGAGUGAAGAAUCAAUGCAGAUGUAGAUAGAUUGUACUCAAAUGUGAAUAAUAAUAAUAUUAGUCUUAUUGUUUAGUAUUUCAUGGAUUUGGAUUUUGGUUCGUUGCAUUAAUUAAAUGUGUCACACAUUUACUGAUA